CUUGCUUUUUUUCUCCUUGCUUUUUUUACUCCAUAAAAGUAACAAAGCUGUCUAGAGAGCAAACAAAACCCACAGCGAUGGCAACUGACAAUCAACAUGUAAGAUAUGUCCUACUCGCCGAGUUCGACAUUGACAAAGGCGCAUCGCUCAAAUACCAGUAUCCGAAUGAAACCGGCACAGAUGAACAUGUCUUGUCAGAACUCAUGUUGCCUGACGGCGCCCAUUUACGCGCGGAAGAUUGGACCAUCUUUUGUUUGAAUCAGACGAUUCCUGAUCUCGACAAGGAGCAAGAUAUUGUCGCAAACAACAACAGUAAAAAUAACAAGGACGGUGAAGAAAAACCGUUGCUCUAUGUACUUAAUCUUGUACGAACCAAACACGACGCUACAGCGCGCAGAGGUGCUCACGUCAAAGCCAUGGCCAUUUGUACCCGCCAUCAAUUCCUCCAUAUCUAUAAGCCAGUAUUACUACUCGCGAUGGAGAAAUAUUUCGAAAACCCGUGUGCCGAAGUCCUUGAAUCACUCUACAAAGCCGUCAACUCGAUGGACUUGUCACGGAUGCCGAAUUUCUCUUGGCACGAACGACAGAUCCUGCGGACGUCGGAUGACAAGUCCAUGUUUGAAGAAAUGUUUAUGGAGGAUCCGGAUAAAGUGAUUUCACCGACCUCCACCACAGGAUCUGAUUCGAUGCGAUGGGGUGGUGGUGGUGGUGCGAGUGGAUCAGGCGAAGAUUGUGAGGAUGAUGAAUCAAGUCGAUUACGACGUGGGACGUUUAUUGAUCUGGCAUCCGGACGAGAAGUGUUGCCUUCCUUGGGCAAGGAUAGACGGUUUUUCGAGACAAAGAUCGAGUAUGAAGGUAUCAAAUUACCUAUCCGGGUGCCACUCACGGUCAAUGACGAAGAAGUGGGUGAUUUCUCGCUCAUCAAUUUGAUCCGCACAUUCUCGCCACCGGCUCCACAACCUGGCUCACCCAAUCCACAUCAUCCACAUCUCGACAGUGCAGGGCCUUACACACAUCCCAUCAUGUUAUUGCUCAAUGCCCUGCUUACGCAAAAGCGGAUCAUUUUUCUCGGUUAUGGCCAUCCGUCCGGUGAAGUGGCUAACUAUGUCCUGGCUGCUUGUGCUUUAGGAAGUGGAUGUGGUACUGUGUUGCGUGGAUUUACCGAACGAGCGUUUCCUUAUACCAAUUUGACGAGCGUUGAUGAUCUUUUAAAAUGCCCUGGAUUCAUCGCGGGUGUCACCAAUCCAACCUAUGAAGAACAUACAGCUUGGUGGGAUGUAUUGUGUAACAUUGAUACUGGCAAGAUCACGGUCAGCAAAGACAUUGAAUUGACGUGUCCUGGUGGUAUACAUCACAGUCCUUAUCCAUUCUCGUCCAGCAUUGACAGCGGCAAUAAUAACAUGAGCAGCAAUAACAACAACAACAAUAACAAUAACAGCAGCAGCAGUAGUAGCGGUAGUGGUAGUGGCGCGGAUGGUAAUCAACAACAACAACAACAACCGUUUGCUUCGCUCUCUUCUCUGGGUCGAUCCUCCACAGUCAACUCGCUAAGCAACAGGGUCGAUGACAAGGCAAAAGAACGUGACGUGGAUGCCGAGUUUAUGAACGAUGUGAUGGCAGCAGUACAGGGACAUUAUGGGGAAGCGCACGUCCGGGCCAAAUUCCAGGAAUACGUGGGUCGGUUUGUCCGACUUGCGGCCGUGUAUGAAGAGGAGGUGUAUCAUCAAACCAAGAUUGUCUGGCCACACGAUGCAGAGGCGGAUCCAACCGGUUUAUUAGGUCGCGGGUUCGUGUUCCCUGAUGGCAUGUCCAGACAAAAAGAAUUGGCAGUGUAUGCUAACAGAAUCGAAGGUUGGCGACAAACAAUUUCUUAUCGAUAUUACCAAAAGGGAUUCGCAUGGUGGAUACAAAACUCGACGUUGUCCAAUGUGGAUGUAUAUCGACAAGUUUCCAAACUCAAGACGCUACGUAAUAUCCCAGAAAAUGAAGUGAUUGCAAUUCUCGAGGCCUUGCUUCAAAACAUUAUAUCAGAUCGAGCCAUGAUUGAGUUUCUUUCAUUUCUUCCACAGUAUCAAGGCGGUCUUUCACCGCUUGGUCUCUGCCUGUUCCAUUCAUCAGCCACAGUACGUCGAUACACCGUUGAAUUGUUUAGUCGAUUGGCGCGAAAUCCGACCGGGCACAAGUUCAUACAAGGAAUGUCUCGAUACCAGAAAAUCACGUACGAGCGUCUUGUGCAUGAAGUAGCAUAGCCCGUUCUUUUACUCUCUCUCUCUCUCUCUCUCUUCCUAUCAUCCCAUCAAUUGGUCGCAUCUUAUCUUCCCCUUUGUAUAAUUACAUAGUAUAACCCUAUAUAAUCUUUGAUUUAUUAUUCACAUACACCCGAUCAUCUCAUGAAAGUACCUGCUAUUGACUACUACUAUUAUUAAUUACUAUAUCUUGGUUAUCCUUGAUACCAGCAAGGUCCUUAUUUAAAACAACACUCUAUGGGUCUUUUACAUCGCACAUAUAUGAGUGAGGCAGAUCAACCAUUCAUACACUUAUUGACGUUGCAAGGAGAAAGAGAGAAGGGCAGACUAAUACUACGCGUUAUACUAGUCACACAUAAGAGUGUUGGUGCCUGAAAGUGCAUUGAUGUCAAGUUGGUAACACAAGGCCCCGGAGCGAGCCCGGUGGGGUUUGGUUUGGCUGGAAAAAGUAAAAGGUUG